AAUUUAAGAAGUAGUCCAUAACCUGUAAAUCUUAAAAUAAUGUUUAUACAAAUGAUCCACAUUCACGAGUAAUGUCAUUUCGUAUUAGUGAGUAUAUAACAUGUAGGGUUUAGAAAAAUAAUUUUUAAUGUUCCGACGACGAACGAUACUCUUGUUAACUCUGGUUUUAUUGAUACUCUUUUUUAUAACAACAAAUUACCUACUUAUUACAUUAUCAAUCGAAAAUGAAAUAGGUAGCAAAUCUGUGGAAGAAUUUAUUUAUCAAAAACUUGAAGAAUUACCAGAUCAUUAUAAAUUACUACCGUCACAGUACAAUAACGAAAUUCCAGAAUCGUUCGAAAGUUUUAAAAUUUCAUCAAAUAUAACCAAUAAAAUUGACGUAAUUUGGAAAAUAGCCAAUUCUUGGACCAAUAAUACCAAACUAAUAGAUAUAAAAAGCAAAUAUGUUGGAGACAUUCUUUUAAUGCUUCAAAGGGGUAAAAUAAUUAAAGCUGACAUAGAUUCACGAGGAACUCAGCUCAAAUUACUAUUAACAUUGCAGGGUAAUCAAGAGGUUAUAUUCAAACCAAAAUGGUAUGACAGAAAUAAAAUAAUUGAUGGACCAAUAUAUGCCGGAAAAGAUCGCUACAAUUCUGAAAUAGUUGCAUUUUAUUUAUCAGUUAUUUUAAAUAAACCCUUAUGUCCAAUAAGCAUCGAAAGAAAAUUAUCACUAAGAAAUGAAAUUUUACCUGUUGCAACAAAAAGAUUACUUAAUACUGCGCUGAUUGAAAAUAAUAGGAGCUGUUUAUAUGGCAAAUGUUUUUAUUGUAACAUCAAUGAUCCAAUAUGUGAUGAUGAUAACUCGUCAUUAUUGGGGGCUGUGAUAAUUAAUUUUAAGGCAAAUUUAGUUAAUCAUAGAUCACCAUGGCAACGUACAUAUAAAAAAGGAAAAAAUGCACUGUGGCAGGAAUUUCCUGAUAAUUAUUGCAACAUUGUUGGUCAAAAAAUAUCAAGAAAACGUCUUUAUGAUUUGAUAGAUAUAUCACUGUUUGAUUUUAUCAUUCAAAAUGGAGAUAGGCAUCAUUAUGAAACAUUAGAUGAUACUGUACUAUGGUUAGAUAAUGGUAAAGGAUUAGGAAAUCCCUAUAAACACCAUAUAGACAUUUUAGCUCCUCUUUACCAGUGUUGCAUAUUAAGAAAAUCAACUUUGAAAACUCUUUUAAGUCUAACUGGAGGAAGACUUACAAAAAAGUUGAAAGAAAUGCCUGGAAUUAAUAAUUUAAUUACAUCUGAACACCUCAAAGCAAUGGAAGAUAGAUUGUUACUUAUUUUUGCUACAAUUGAAUACUGCAAAGAUAAAAACUUGCUUUAAUUUUUGAAAUAGUGUGAUAAUUUGAGAAAGAUAAAAUAUAAGCUGUAAAUAUGUUAUAUUAAGAGACUUAACUCAGUGGAUAAAAGUUCAGUUUUAUUCUGUAAAAUUGUAAAUAUAUAUAUUUUCUUACCUUUGGCAAAUCUG